UUAUACAUUUCCUUCAGAUAAAAUGAUAUUCAGUUUUUGAAAAUCACGCUUAACGUAAACACGCAACUCAAUAUAGUCGGAGACAUACAACAUUGUUAUAUCUUAUGCUUAUGUAUUCUUGUUGGACCGUUUAGUAAGUUGUUAAAUUCAUGCAGCCGACUUGAAUCUUCAUUUAGUAACAAGAAAAUAUUCUGUUUAUAAACGGGACAGAUUAUUUCAUUGGAAAAAAAUUCACUACGCGUUUUUAUUAUUUACAAAGUAUAAUUAUACUGAAGGUUUGAAGUUAAAUUUUAAUUGGUCAAUUUUCAUUUAGAUUUAAAAGUAUGUGAUCAAUAUUUGAACGGAGAAAAAUACUCGAUUUAAAAAAAGUAUGUUGAAUAUGGAGAUGGAUUACAAAGUGUAAAUUCUACAUGAAAUGAUGUACUAUAUUAUUUGGAUAUUAUCAGCCUCUUUGUGGACAGUUUAUUCCCAGCUUCAGGGCAAUACGCUCUGGUCAGCUCACACUUAUUGGAAUGAAAGAUAUUCUCUUGGUUACACCGCCACUGAAACAGACUACGGAAUGUGGUCUUACCAGCCGACCACCAAAUCGAAUGGAUAUAUGGAUGUUACCACUGGUGCUCAAUCCUGCUCAGGAUGUGGCUGUACAGAAUUGAGGGAUAAUGGUAUAUUAAAGUCUUGUAGUGGAUCUGUAACUGUUGCACAUUACAGUUUUCCUAACAUAUCAUCAGAAACGUUUGCAGUGUCAACUUCUGCGAUAGACAUUAGACAUUGUGGUGCAUUUGCUAUUGUCGGUCAGACUUUUGUCAACUUGACGGUUUUAACCAAACUGACAAUAGAAAAUAGUGGUAUUACAACAAUGCCAGAUCUUGGCAAUACACAGAUAACUGAGCUGAAUUUGAUGUUCAACAGCAUAGAAAUAAAGACAAAUUUUAAAGGGAGUCUACCAGCUUCAAUUACUCAUGUGGCUCUGACAGGUAACAAAAUUUACUGGAUACCAAAUGGAUUCUUAAAUGGACCAAAUCUGAGAAGUGUGAGUUUGGGAGGCAAUUCCUUCAUAAAUUUCCCUGUGUUAGGAUUUGGUAGUAUGCCUAGUCUAGUAUAUUUUGGUAUAGAGAACAACCAGCUCAGAAGACUGUCAGUGCAACAUAUGAACAACUUCAAAGACUCUCCACAGCUACAUCUGAACCUCAGCUAUAAUGUUCUAGACUAUAUCCAGCCAUAUGCAUUUUCUGGUAUUCCAAAUAUUAAGGUGUUGGAGAUCCAUCAGAAUAGUUUAGCCUCAAUAGCAAAAGGUGUCUUUGAAAACUUGACAACACUGAUUCACUUAGAUCUCCAUGCCAACAAUUUGGAGACAUUAAACAAAGAAGCCAUGAAAGAUUUGGAGAAUUUGGAAGAAUUGAGACUUCAUUCACAGAAAACUCCUAUGACGACGUUAAUUUUUAACUCUAUGAUAAAUGUUGGCAAGUCCCUGAAGUACCUAUUUAUAAGUAGUAAUGCACUGACCCAUAUACCACAUCAAGUAUUUAUGGAGAACAGCUAUGACAAUAUUGUUCAACUACAUUUAGAUAACAAUGCAAUCACAAAUGUGACAGAACUUGAUUCAAAUGGCUAUGGUUCUACGUUACAAAGUACCUACAAUGAAAAAAAAGUUCAUUUGGACCCAUUUUCAACCAUGAGCAGUCUCAAUAUUUUGUAUCUACAUGUCAAUGCCAUUACCCAAAUAACUAGUACAGACUACUGUAAACUAACAUCCUUAACUGAGUUAUAUCUGACUGGGAAUGAGCUAACGGAGGACAACAUGGAUGUCGACAGUUUUACAUGUGUUAUAACUUUAGCUACAUUGCAUUUAGGAACAAAUAAUUUACAAUAUGUACCAGCUGCUCUGACGAAUUCGACCAGACUUCCCUCCAUAAAUACGCUGUAUGUGGAUAAUAACAAACUAACAUUCAUAGAGGCUGGAACAUUUUCAGACUUGUCAACCAUGAGAACAUUAUACCUGCACUCCAACAAAAUUAUAUCAAUAGAAGACAAUGCUUUUCCAGAUAUGAUACGACUCAUCGCUAUGCAAUCAAAUGAUUUCCGAUUCAUUCAUGAAAACCAGUUUUCCAAUCUUUCCAAUAUGUACCGUUUAAAUCUGGCUAACAAUGAUAUAGACUACUUACCAGACAAUGUCUUUAGUGGAUGCACAUCUCUUACACAGUUAGUUUUGAAUGGAAAUAAAAUAAAACAGAUAAAGAAGAUGCACUUGGAGAACUGUCCAUUAUCCACACAGCUUACUUUAAAUGACAAUGAGUUAGGAUGGAUAGAAGAUGGGGCGUUAGAUCAUAUCACCUCAAUAUCUUAUUUGUACCUACAUAACAACAGAUUGUAUUCUUUACCAAUGGGAGGAGACUUCAAUGAUUUGACCGUUACCUAUUUUUAUCUAUAUAAUAACCGUAUCUCAGCUAUUUUGAAUGGGACAUUUAAAAAUUUUGUUGUUUCACUUUCCAGUUUAGAUUUAUCCAAUAACAGAAUAGCAACUAUUGAAGGCAAUGCCUUUACUGAUGUGACUGUCUCAUACAUAUACAGUAGCUUGAAGCUUACCAAUAACAAAGUUAAAGAUAUUCAGCCGUAUGCUUUUAAUAACGUGAAUGCACCAAGUAUACUAUUUGAUGGAGAUACAAUGGGAGUUAUUCCAUCGUAUGCCUUCAAUGACAUUUCAGUCACGACCUUGAACCUUUUCAACAUCGGGAUAACAGGCAUAGAGGAAAAUGCUUUCAACAAUUUUAACGUGGGUUUUCUGUAUUUGUAUGGUAACUCCAUCAGUAGCCUUGAUGGGUCAAUUUUCACUGGAACAUCAUCUGUCACAUACUUGUAUCUGAACAAGAACAAUAUAGCUUAUAUAAAGGCUAAUGUGUUUGACAGUGUCACUGUUACGUACCUGUACCUGAAUGAGAAUUCUCUAUCCAUUUAUCCUAUAGCCCUGAGUCAGAUUACACCCAGAGAAAUUUACCUAGAGGACAAUCAGAUAACAGGGAUACCUGAUGGAUCUUUAGCUGGACAGACAAAUCUACAGAUUUUCUCCAUGUAUAAUAACAAACUGACAGAAAUAACAGCAACUACAUUUACGUCUGCUACUAAUCUCAAGACUUUAUUGUUACAAAAUAAUGAGAUUCAGUCUAUAGAGGAAGGAUCAUUUAAUGGUUUAAAUCAACUUGAGACACUGGACCUGAGCAGUAACCAGCUGUCUUACUUCCCAGCCAUUUCCAUGGAGACACUGACCUCUCUCAACCUUGGAGGUAACAUGAUAGAAACUUUAGGAGGAUUCCCAGUCAAUAACAGUAUAGUUGUGAAUUUGACAGGAAAUGCCUUGGGUUGUGAAUGUAGUACGGCAUACAGUUUGUACUAUGUGAAGGACACAGUUACUGGUGGUACAUGUGCUAGUCCCUCUGCUCUAGCAGGUGUUACAUUUGAAGCAGGACUCGUCAACUCUACAAGCUUUAAAUAUUUUGAUACUUUAAAUGAUACCACGAAGUUUCAGUGCAGUGCAGAGAACAUUGUAGGAACUGCAGUUUCAUCAACAGAAAUGAAAAUACAAUGGAAUCGGCCAUCAAGUCUUUAUGCUGUGUUUGAUACUAAUGACACAACUGUCCUGACUGAAGCUGUAGGAGCUAAUGUGGCAACAUGGAACUAUAUAGUAACUUGUACCAGUACCACAGCUGCUACACUGACAAAGACUGAAACUGUUACUGUAACUGUACCAUCAUCUUCCCAUAGUGCAUCAGUAACAUUCAAAGAUACUGAUGGAUUACUUCCCUUGAAUUCCUAUGACUGUGUUAUACAACUUGAAGUUAAUGGUUAUACUUCAGCCAAGAGUAUACCAGAAACAGUCUACAUCAGACAAGCAGUAUCCAAUACAUCAGUUGCUAAUUCCUUACCUGUCAGUGUGUAUGAUUUUACCAUCAGUAACGAUGACUUUGGAACAGCUGCAUCAAUGACACCAUCAAACCCAUACCAUGUGAUCAGUCCUACUGGGUCCUGGCCAGCCAUAUCUACUGAUCCCACUUCUGACACAUUUUCUGAUUGGUUCAGAGAUACGUCUGCUAAUAUAAAGCUGGAUAGAGAAAUUGUUUUGACUGUGGACAGUUCAUCUGGAUCUGAUGUACACAAUUACUAUAGCGAUUCCUACUUCCUGGCUGAUGAUUCUGGGUAUGGAGCAGAAGGUCAGACAGAUUGCGGCGGCAUUCUCCAUAACUUUUUUUAUACUUCUGCCAUAAGAACUGGGCUGAAGUUUGCAGGAAGUGAAAAGAUAACUGUUGGAGGAGGAGAGGAAUUAUGGGUAUUUCUCAACAAAGUUUUGAUAAUAGAAAUCAUUGCCAAUAGAGCAUCAGCUAGUGUGGCUUGUCAGACUGUCGAUCUAUCUGCAGCUGCUGCAACAGGAGGUGGAACUUUAACAUUUGAAGAAGGAACCAUUGUUGGCGGUGUCUGUACAGGAUUAACUCCCUUGGCUUCCACUGUGUCAUUGGAUUUAGAGGUUGAUGAUUCGUACCUGUUUGAAAUAUUCCAUGUGGAACGAGCUGGAUGUUCUUCUCAGUUGUUACUCCAUUUCGACAGUGUCUAUCUGACUAAUCAUGUUGGCGACACAGAACCCAUGCAUUAUAAAUAUACAGCUGCUGAGAAUCUACAUGUGAAUGGUUUAGUGGGAGAGUUCACCUUAUGGGACAUCUUCACGUCAGGGCCACCAUAUACAAUAGAACUUUAUAAAGGAAAUGAAGCUCGACAUUUUGCAUUCAAAGAUGAUACAACAACCAAUCAAAAUGCAGCCACUACAGUAGCUCCACCUACUUAUAGUUAUGUCACUGUUACUGGCACAAGUCUCCAGUAUAUUGCUUGUACCAGUAACACACAGACCCCAGAGCCAGUAAAUGCGGCUAUGGAAACAUUCACCGUAACAACAUCACAAGCACUGCUGACUCUGGCAACCGAACUUAACUUUGAAGUUGCUGAGUCAUAUAAUCUUGUCUUCAGAGUGAUUGAUUCUAAUGCUGCCCAGACUGGGUCAUUGGUUGUCAAGGUAGCUAUUAACGAUGUCAAUGAUAACUGUCCAGUGAUGAAUAUUACAAGUGAUUUAUACUUCACAACGGAGCGCCCUCUACUUCAGCUAGAUCCAUUGUUUAUAAUAGGGGCUACUGAUGCUGACAGUGGUACUAAUGGUCAGUUUGAGUACCAUGUGUCAGGAGUUCUUUUUGAAGAACCAUCAUUAGACUACAGUGAAGCACUGGCCAUCAGAGAACAAGUUUACAAUGGCACCACAGAAGUUACUGUAGAGGUCGCAGUGAUUGACCUUGGGACUCCACCUCAUGGCAGUGUUUUUAAUGUGACUGUCAAUCUCAGUAAUACCUGUCUUAUAGAUGAACUUUUUGACAGGACCAAUAUCACAUUCAUGAUAAAUACGACAGAUAGUGAUGGUGAAUUUUAUCUGAGGAUACCUGGCUACUGGAUUGUGGAUUUUCAAUGUGAUGAGAUUAUAGGAAUAUCCAGUGGUAUUGUGAGAGAUGAACUAAUAACAGCCUCAUCAUCAAGAGAUGAGUAUAGUACACCUGCCAGAGGAAGGCUCAAUCUUACACAUCUUGAUGAUACUGUAACAGCUUUUUCCGGUGCAUGGGUGGCUGGGACAAAUGAUGCUGACCAGUACAUUCAGGUUGAUAUGGAAGAUCCGUAUAAAUUUACCAAAUUAUACCUACAAGGUCAGUCUGAUGAAGCCAACUGGGUGACUGCAUUUAAACUCUACUAUACAGACGAUGAAGCUGGAAACUGGACACUGUAUCAGGAUAGUUUGGGACAGUUCAUAUUCCUAGGAAAUAUUGAUAGUACCUCCACUGCAGAAUUGACCCUUGACCCUCCUAUACUGUCAAGAUAUAUCAAAAUAAACCCCCAGAACUGGACAGGGGCUAUAGCACUAAGGAUGGAAUUAGCUGGAUGUACUCAGGCAGAACAAUUCCAUUGGGACUUUACGUGUGAGAGGUGUUACACAUCUUUCUACUGUCUUGGUGAUGGAGCAAACCAUACGUGUGGUAGAUGUGAAGACUCAGGCACAUGUGACAGAUCUCCAACUGAACACUCCUUUGGUGCUGCUGGAGAAUGUUCUCCUUGUCCUAUAGGAUGGAUAUGUCAGGAUGGUGUUGCCUCUAGGUGUGAUGAUUACCAUUAUGUUAACUGUACUGAUGUAUCGUGUCCUAGCGUAUGUGCUGCCUGUGAUCCAGGGUAUGCCUGUAGAGGAGGACAGAGCUACAUAUGUGAUGUGGGAACAUUCUCUGAUGGAUCUACAGAAUUUUGUGAGAUGUGUUCAGAAGGAACCUACCAGGAUCAACAAGGGCAGACGGGCUGUAAAAACUGUGCUGCUGGCUACUUCAGCGCCACCUCAAAAGAUCGGUGUGAUCCAUGUGACGUUGGGUCCUACAGCCUUGGUGACGGGUCUGGGGGAUGUGUUGGAUGUUCUGGUGAGGCUGAAUGCCCCUGCAUGGGUAACCAAACCUGCUUCAUUGCUGGGGAAUACUCAACCACUUGUAUCAAUAAAGGAUCAGGGUCACAUGAAUGUUUGACAUGUCCACCUGGAUUCACUGGUGAUGGAAAUACUUGUGCUGAUAUAGAUGAGUGUGCCUUUAAUCCAUGCUGGGAUCCAGCAGCCUGUAUCAACAAAGCACCAGGGUACCAGUGUUCAGCCUGUCCCUAUGGUUACACAGGAUCCAAUGAGGAUGCUUUGUCCCAGACAAUACAUUUGCGUGUGUUUGAGUCGUGUAAUCAAGUGGUGUCUGCUUUACCACAACAGAAUUGUACGGACAUUGAUGAAUGUGCUGCAGGAACACAUAUAUGUGAUGUCAACUCAGAAUGUAUUAAUACCAUUGGAAGUUACAGAUGUGGGUAUUGUAAUGAAGGCUAUGAGGGUGUGUCCACACACUUUUGUUAUUCUACAAAUUAUUGUGACACAGGACAACAUGACUGUCAUAGUUCAGCUACCUGUGUUUAUCUUAGACCUACAGAAUAUAGAUGUGAGUGCCCUGUUGGUUAUGCAGGUAAUGGUAAACAAUGUGGAUUAGAUUCUGAUUUAGAUGGACAUCCUGAUAUCACCAUAGCUUGUACAGACUGGGGAUGUUAUAUGGACAACUGCAGGACUAUUCCAAACUGUGGCCAAGAGGAUGUAGAUAAUGACAACAUGGGAGACGACUGUGAUUUUGAUAAGGACAAUGAUGGUCUUAUAGACUCUAUAGAUAACUGUCCCUACUUCAGAAGUUUUGAUUCCACAGAUACUGAUGGAGAUUCUGUAGGUGACCCCUGUGACAACUGUCCGUCUGUCAGUAACAGUGACCAGAAAGACAAUGAUGAUGAUGGCAUCGGUGAUGUAUGUGACUCAGAUGAUGAUAAUGAUGGCGUUGCCGAUACUAGUGACAAUUGUCAGUUUGUUGCCAACCCUGGACAAGAGGACAGUGAUGGUGAUAACCAUGGUGAUGCUUGUGAUAACUGUGUCAAUGUAUCCAAUAACCCACAAACUGACACGGAUGAAAACGAAGUGGGUGAUUCUUGUGAUACAGUUGGGGGUACAAAUAAGGACAAGGAUGGAGAUAGUAUACUGGACAUCAAUGAUAACUGCCAAGAGGUACCAAAUGGAGACCAGUCUGAUAUUGAUGGUGAUGGAACAGGUGAUGUUUGUGACACUGAUUCUGAUGGGGAUGGUGUUAUAGAUACAGAAGACAACUGCCCAUAUAGAAGUAACGCUCUACAAACUGAUAUUGAUGGUAACAAGGUUGGUGACGACUGUGCCGUUGAUGCUGAUGGUGAUGGUAUGAAUGACAGUAACGACACCUGUCCACAUAACCCAAAUAUUUUUGAGACGUCAUUCAACUCUUACUUCACGGUAGAUUUUUAUCCGACGCAUAGCAGCACUGAUCCUGUUUGGUGGGUGAAAGCUGCUGGCAGAGAGAUAUACCAGACAGCAGCUACUGGCAAACCUGCAGCUCUGAUAGGUGAACAGUCCUAUGGGUCUAUUGAGUAUAGCGGUACUGUCUAUGUACGUUCUACAGAAGACGAUAAUUAUGUUGGUUUUAUUUUUGGAUACACCAACAACAGGAAGUUCUACCUGGUAUCCUGGAGACCCAACAACUAUAACUUUGACAACACCACAUACAAGGGUGGUAUUAAAGGUGUACAUAUCUCAGCAGUAAAUUCCAACAGUGGACCAUCACAGUCUUUAGCUGAGGCCUUAUGGCUAGACACCACAACAGAUAAUGAGUUAACAGUUCUUUGGCAUGACCCUAACCUGGUAGCCUGGAGUAACUUUACUUCUUAUAAAUGGUUUCUUACACAUAACACAGAGCUGGGUAAAAUAAGAUUAAAGAUUUACGACAUAAACUCACUACUGAUAGACAGUGGUGACAUCUAUGAUACAAGUAUAACUGGUGGACGUGUUGGGGUAUUCCAGUUUGGCCAACAGAUGUCGCUGUGGUCUGAUUUAAAAGUCAAAUGUACAGAUCGAGAAAAUAUGGCGUUGUAUUUGAGUGGGAGUUCAGACUACAUUUCCUUGACUAAUAUUGGUGAUCUUAAUAUAUAUCACAGUUUCACCAUAGAUAUAUGGGUUAUGGUGGAAACAGGGUACCCUACAACAGAAAUGCCCAUAUUGUGUAAUGAGAAUCAUACCAUAUGUUUGUGGAUGGAAAAUGGCAUUUUGAAUGGACAGUAUAUAAACUCAACAGUACAAGCUGCCUCAGCUGUCACUGCAGAUCAAUGGACAAGCGUGGUACUGAUAUAUGAUGAGACUGACUGUGCAUUAAAGCUUUAUAUUGAUGGGACAUUGUCCAGUCAGACAACAGAUAUAAAACCAGUAGAUUUGAGUCAAUACUCCUCCACAGCAGAUACAUUCCUGUACUUAGGAACAGAUGGCAGUAACUAUUACCAAGGUUAUAUUGAUGAGUUCCAGUUCUUCAAUAUUGCCAUACUAGAGACAGAAGUUGUAGAGCACAUAGAGCUACCAUUAGUGGAUGAAUAUCCUAAAUAUCAUAAUUAUGGACAGUUGUAUUUGAAGUUUGAUCAGACCAAUGGAACCAGCUCACUGACAAAUACUGGUUUACUGUCACUGACAGCACAGGUCCAUGGGAGUGCUGUAUUUAAGGAGAGCAUGCAGGACUAUAACAGAUUCCAACUGACAUACCCUGAUAACUGAAGCUAGACUUUGGCUUGACAUUAUUUAAACAUUUCAUUUUGUACUAAUAUUAUCAUUUAUUAUUUAUAUUUGUCAUCUUUUCUAUAAAAUUCAUCAUAAAUAAAAUUUGACCACUUCUUGA